CUGUUGUUUCAGCGGUACCAGCUGACGCCCCGGUACAGAAAACUGUCCUGGCUCCAUUGAGCAAAGCGCAAAAAUAAACACGGGGUGACGCAGCAGCUCCCCGCUAGCUCGAGUCCAGCCGCGACAGCCUUUUUCGGCCCACUCAGCGCUCGCAAUCACUCGUUUUUCUCCUCGCGCUCUCAGUGCCCUUUCUCUGUAUUGUUGAACAGACGGUCGUUCACCAGGCGAUUGUGCUAGCUCGUUUCAGCGUCGAGUGACAAACAGCCUCUCCUAUAACUGCUGUGUUGGUCGUACGGUCUUUAUAAUACGCACUUCGUGUGCCCAGAGGGCUCUGUGUGUCGGCUUUGUCGUCGCUCUUACCCCGUAUUAACCUACAUUGAAAGAGAACGGCCUGGCGUCCUGUUCUGCUCGGAAUAGUUCAUUUGCAGAUUUAGCAUGGAGCGAAAAGGGCUUGGCUGUUAGUUCAGUACCUCCACAAAACCAGCUUUUCAGAAGGUCUUUUCCAUAUAUGUACAGGACGGAGUAAAGGUUUACCUGUUCUACGUUGAAGCCAGUGUUAGUACAGUUCAAGAGUCAGAAUACAGGUAAUGUAAGACUAUAUCAAAAGAUUUAUUGACAUGAAACUAAAAACGAUGCUUGUGUGACUUUUACCAGUUAAUUCCGUGUCGUGUUGUACUUAUCUAGUAUCCGUUCUUCGUUUAUUGUGAAAUUUUCAUUUGUGGCUGUGUCCUUGUUUUCAAUCGGUAGUGUUUUUGUUACGCCUGGUCUGUUUAUAGACGUCUUAUCGUGAAUCAAAACAGUACCGAUUCUUCCUGUAAUAAACACUAUAAUGAAUUCAUUAAUCAAGGUGUGCCUCAUUUGGGUACUGUAACUGUUUACGGGCUACUGUAUAUGUUAAACUAUGUGCCUGUUAUUAAUAUUUUUAACAAAACUUUUGCUUGUAGAAUUUUAGGCAAAUUUGUGUAUAGUUAAAUUUAAAGUUUAGCUAAGUUUUUUGAGAAAAAGUUAAAAGAAUUUGGUUUAAAUCUGUUGACCAACUAACUGGGUCAAUUUCAUUUGAAAGUUACCACUUUUUGUGACUAUGGAUGCUAAAGAAACAGCAUCUUCCGUUCCGGAGUUACCAGCUGGAAAUUGUGAAACGCAACAGUCAAUCACUUUAUCCAUAUGUCCAAUAACUGGAGGCACUUUUGACUUGGAAGUUAGAGCCAGUGACUCAGUUGAAGAACUAAGGAAGAAAAUAGCCCGACAUUUGCAAACCCCAAAGGAACGAUUGACUAUUCUGUUUAAAGAAAAGGUAUUGACUUCGGGAAUGUUGGCUGACCAACAAAUUCAAGAUGGAAAUAAGAUAACGUUGCUACCUUCUGUCGAAAGUGGUUUUUCGUCGACAGUACAAGGAACUCAACAGUCGAUUAUCCAAGCCAUAGAAAGCCUCUCCGACGUACAAAUUGAUGAUUUUUUAUCGGGUCGAUCGCCACUUACACUCGCACUACGUGUUGGAGACCAUAUGAUGUUUGUGCAGUUGCAACUGGAGCAGUCUAUGGUACAAGGAAGCAAUGCAGGGACCACGCCUACAACACACCCAUCAGUGCCAGGUAGAUCCGGGCAACGGUCUUCUCGCCACAACCGUCACCGAUCGCAUCACAUCCCGGGUUUCCCACCUCGCUGUUCGCCGGACCAUUCGGCAGCGCUCAACUGCCUUCCACCCAGCUUAUGGACCAACAACCCGGCAUUCAACCCAAUAUCCCGAGUUCCCGCUUCUGUGACGUCAUCUCUCUCCCCCGAAAACGAAACCACAAAAUUCGAAUCCUCUUCAUCCGAGUCAAGCCAACGGGACACCUCAACACCGCUGGCAGCGGCCUCUGGUAUGGGAGGACCCACGACCGGCCUACUGUACAAAACAACCGCCUGUCCCUCCUUGAAACGAGCUGCAGUGGCUUCUUUACCCCACCUACCCCUUGAUAAACCAUCCCAUCUCGACAAACUGGUCACUGCUUGCUCAUCACUUGGUACAUCUACAUCCCAGAGUAGCAGCUCCCAGAAAUCGAGCUCAGGGAAGGCAAAGAUGGACCCCAGGACCCACUCGUCCCGGCGAACUCCUUCUGGGACCCCUUACCCCACAAACAGCCAGAACUACCACUACAGACGUGCCUCUACUACGAGCGGAAAGAUUACGUCCGGAGUUGGUUCGCUCACGCACAACAGUUCAUUGAAUGGAGUGCCAAUAAAGACGAGGCUGGAAUUUCUAUCAUUUUCAAUUUCGAAUUCCGCAGGCACCCCACGAGUAAUGCGCCAGAUGCAGCGAUUGCGGCGUUUAUGUGGCGCUCACCAGCAGUGUGUGGCGUACAGCAGCCCUGAGCUUGCUUCAGAAAUCUCAUCGAUCGUUCAUGCUGCAAAACACCAUUCUUCCUCGGAUAAUUCUGCCUACCACCGUCGUAGUAAUGGCAAGAGCUCCCAAAAAGAGCGUCCCAGGUCAUCCCAGGCAACAACUUCCUCUCCCACUCCUUCUGUUCCUGCAGCAGGAGCAUCCAUCGACUCUUUCACGACCCACGGACCUGGGAUUUUCUCCGGGACUUUUUCAGGUUCGUUGCACCCGAACAUUCAGGACAACGACGGCCGACCUAAGAGAGACCCACAGACCAUCCUGCAGAUUUUGACCGAUCUCUUGAGUGCGACCAACCAUUACCAGGGGCAGGCAGGGAAUAUUGGGAUGCUACCUCAACUGCUGAAGGAUCAUUUCACGAAACAGCAAGCUGGUACAAGUGCCACCAACGAGCCAACCAGAGAGACACCAACCCCACCAGCUGAACAGGAGGCAGGCACCAGUCGUCCACAACACAGCAGAAGUCGUCACCCUCAGCACUUUCCACACCCUUACUUACCCCAACAGUUUAACAAUACACCAUACGUGUAUCCCUACCUUCCCGGUUCCCAAACAGGGGUCCCACACUCUUACGCUGCGUACCAGCACAUGGCCGGUCAAGCGGCCGUUUUCCACCACUAUACUCAUAACAACGGUAUCGUCACCCCGCCUGAUAACUGCUACCAUCAUCAGCGAGUGUCGGGCAAAUGCCCACAUCGACGUUAUGGCGAUCACCACGCCGGAAGUUCAAGCUCCAAGUCCCGCCAGUCCCCGUACUGGUGCUGCUGCUCGUCCAGUUCUAGUCGACGAUCAAGCAAGCAAGCGCCGCAUAUCAACAUGGGCCGAUUGAAGCAGCUUCAGCAGGAAAACAACACCACACGCUCCAAGCUUCAACAACUUACACACAUGAUGCAGGAACGUAGAAUGCGGCGCAAAAUGCGACGGGAAGCUUGCGCUCCAUAUGGCAAACCUAACCACGCAUCUUGCUCUGGUGCCGAAAAGGCUGCAGAAUCCAACGCUCUUAUUGCGAGCCCAGAAGGCGACAGUUCCGAGCCAAGCGGGCUUGAGGUCCAGAUCGACAACUUGCACAACUAUGCCGACGAUCGAAAGUCCGAGGUGGCACUAGAGUCGCCGGAAACCGUCACCGUAUGAGUCAUCACGGUCAGUGAUCGUUUUAGCUCACAGCACCACCACUCACGAGUGACAUGAUUUAUCACGCCGUGAAAAAGCCCAGCUUUAGCCGCGAUAGCAGCGCAAAACCACCUUCGUCCGUUUUAGAAACUUUGUACAUAUAACCUAAACCUUAGGCACUCACAAACGUGCACUCAUGAGCGUCACGCCGUGAGCCACUCACGACGGCGUCUCAUGCUUGAAUCCCACGGUUUUGAUGCACGUUUUGAUUUUUAAGUAUUUCUAACGUUGAAAUCCCCACAAAACCACCAUCUCUUGCAUUAUCCGAUGUUACGUACUCUCCGAUCGUCGCAAGUUUUUUCAACCCCUAUUUUUCAGUUUUUGUUGUGCGCCGUGUGUCCCACCUCACCCCUUUUUUGAUUUUUUCAUUUUUGGUUCGAACAACUCUCUUCCGUUGCUUCCCAAGAACGAGGGAAGAAGGCAUAUCUUUUUUGUUGUUUUUUUCCCUUUUUCCCUCUCUCUCCUUUUUCCCACAUCUCUCCAUGUGAUAUCAGUCAUUUAUCCAUGUUAGUAUUAUGGCCAUCCUCCAAAGCUACCUCCAGCCUCCGCAAUUGUUCCGUCGGAGCACCUCCGUCGAGUAAAAAAACAAGGGAAAAUAAAUGGGCAAUAAAUUCCCCGUUUACGGCUAUUUCUCAGUCGCUCUUACACCAGAGAAAGCCAUUGAACUUGAAGAUCUGCCGAACCUCCAGUUUUGGGCGAGCUAUCGCCGCGAAAAAAAUCUUUCGUUUUA